GCGAUAUCAACUGGAUAGAAAGAUGGUCACGGUGGUGAACAACUACGCUCCCCCGACGAAGGAUGUUAAGACGACCGAGGAGCUGCUGAACCCGCCUGAAGGUGUACACGACAUGAACUUUGUACUGCCUGUGAAAGAGCUGGAUAGUGGGAAGGUUCGGCUUGUACCUUUUAUUCCUACGGUACAUAUGCCACUGCUCAUGACACGCUCCGCCGCCCAUCCCGAAUUAUUCAAAUACGUGGGCUACGGACCACUAACUGACCUCGUAUCUUCGCUUCAUAUCUAUGACCGCCUCAUCGCCUCCGAUCCCAGCUCGACCUGGUUUGCAGUGUUCGACCUCACCCGUCCAGACAAGGAAGACGCCUCCCUCCCAGGCGCGUUCGCAGGCGUGACCGGUCUCCUAGCCGCAAGCGCAGCGCAGAGUCAGGCCGAGAUCGGAUACGUACUUUACCUACCCGAGUUCCAGCGCACGCACGUAGGGACACACGCGACGGGCUUGCUCAUGCACUACCUGCUCGACUCUCCUUCCCUUGGAGGACUGGGACUUCGGAGAGCACAGUGGAAGGCGAACGCGCUCAAUACUCGGAGUGUGGAGGCGGCGAAACGACUUGGAUUCAGGGAUGAAGGCGUCUCGAGGUGGCAUAUCGUUUUGCCGGAAGGGAAGGAGGGAUUGGAUAGACCGGAUGAAGGGGAUGGAGCGAGGGGAAAGGGGAGGCACACGGCCAUGUUGAGCGUGUGUUGGGAUGACUGGAAGGAAGGUGUAAGAGAAAAAGUAGAUGCGCUCAUGAGUAGGAAUUGAUGGAACAAUAC